AUGAAUGGAUCAUCCAUCACAUUUACUUUCACAGCCUAUGAAGAGAUUGGCCCAACCAAAGUAUUAUUUGUCAUCAUAUUCUUAAUUUAUCUGGCCUCUGUGCUUACCAACACUUCUCUUAUGGUUUUGAUUUACGUGGAUGCAUCACUCCAUAAACCAAUGUACAUAUUUUUGUUUAGCUUAAUAUUCAAUGGCUUAAUUGGUAGCACAGCUGUUUGGCCCAGAGUCAUGGGUCAUCUUGUGACUGAUGUUCACUCAGCCUCAUACGAAGCCUGCCUUAGUCAGACUUUUUUUGUUUAUAUGUAUGGAAGCUGUACCUACUCCAUGUUAACAGUCAUGGCCUAUGAUAGAUAUGUCUCCAUUUUCCAGCCAUUGCUAUACCACACUAUAAUGACCCCACAGAAGGUGAAAGUGCUGGUGGUUGUGGGUAACCUCCUCCCUGCUGUAGUUGUGUUCGUUCAGUUAUGCCUAACGUCAGGAAUACCCUUGUGCCGCUAUUCCAUUCAUAAAAUAUUCUGUGAUAAUUUGUCCAUCUCUAACCUGGGCUGUAGCCUGAGCACUCACACUCUAGUGGCCAAUUUCUACGGCGCGUGCUCCCUCGUGUUUCUAGUCAUGCUGCCCAUAUUACUGAUCCUGAUGUCAUAUUUAAGAAUCAUCAAGCUAAGCACAAAGGUAUCAGCAGACGCUCGAAAAAAAGCCCUCGCCACGUGUACUCCACAUUUACUCAUUUUCCUGAAUUUUUCAAUGUCUUCGUUGUUUGCUGUGACUUAUAAUCGUAUCACACACUAUGUACCAAUAGAAGUGAAUAUAUUUUUAUCAUCCCAUUACAUUCUUAUACCGCCGCUUAUUCAUCCCAUCAUAUAUGGGAUGAAAAACCAAGAGAUCAAAAAAAGCCUUUCAAAAAUGCUAAGGUCUCGUUCUGUGGCCACUGGUUAUUUGACACAGCCUAAGAAAUCAUCUGUUUUUGCUUUUUCAAACUCUUAG